AUGUAGUGUAGCUCUACAGUCGCUCGAUGACGUCACCAAAACAGGAAGUACACCAGCGAGCUGCACAUUGCAUGACGAGUGCAUGGGCGCAUUUUUAGCCGCCUUCGGCGGUACUUUGACAUUUUUGUAUGUCGGAUGAAUUAACUCGCCCUGAUGGCGGACAGGCUGAGCUUCAGAAAUAUCAUCGCCUUGGCCCCUAUGGUCCGGGUGGGCACGCUGCCCAUGAGGUUGUUGGCGCUGGACUAUGGAGCCGAUUUGGUCUACAGCGAGGAGCUGAUUGACAUCAAGAUGGCUCAGUGUCAGAGGGUGGAAAACGAUGUCUUGCAGACGGUGGAUUUCGUGGCUCCGGAUGACCGCGUGAUGUUCCGGACUUGUGAGAAGGAGAAGCAUCGAGUGAUCUUCCAGAUGGGGACGGCGGACCCGGACCGAGCGCUCACUGUGGCCCGACUUGUGGAAAAAGAUGUCGCCGGCAUUGAUGUCAACAUGGGUUGUCCUAAGGAAUACUCCACAAAGGGCGGGAUGGGUGCUGCUCUUCUGUCCGAUCCUGACAAGAUCAAGGCUAUCCUCGGGAAGCUUGUCUCGGGAGUUUCUGUGCCUGUGACGUGUAAGAUCCGAAUCCUGCCUUCGCUGGAGGAUACACUUUCUCUGGUGCGGCGAAUCGAGAAGACCGGUGUCGCUGCAAUCGCCGUCCAUGGCAGGUUUAAGGAGGAGCGCCCCAGACACCCGGUCCACUGCGACUACAUCCACGCCGUGACUCAAGCCGUUUCUAUCCCCGUCAUCGCCAACGGGGGUUCUCUGGACCUGGUCAAAACCCACGCCGAUAUCGAGGCCUUCAGGGAAGCGACAGGGGCCUCGUCGGUCAUGUUGGCUCGUGCAGCCAUGUGGAACCCGUCUGUGUUUAGCGGCGGGGGACUGCGUCCUGUGGAGGAAGUCAUGGAUGAAUACCUCAAAUAUGCCAUCCGCUACGACAACCAUGCCUUCAACACCAAGUACUGUCUGUGCCAGAUGCUACGGGACAAGGUGGAGUCUGUCUUGGGCAAGAAGGUGCAUGCCGCCCAAACCAACGCUGAGCUCAGCGAGGCGUAUGGCCUGCAUGACUUCUACAAACAGACGCAGGAGGAGCUGCAGGCGAGGCGGGAUGCCAAACAGGGUGGCGCCCAUCCGCAGCGCCUCAUCAUGGACGGAGACGUCACCACCAUGGCAAUCAAGUUUGAACGGCGGGAAUAUUUGCCUCAGAUUACACCCAAGAUGCUCCUUUUGGAGUGGAGCCGACGGGAGAAGGUGGACCAGCCACGGUAUCAGACGGUGCAGCGUCCGCAGGAUCGAUCCUUCCAGUCCACUGUCACCGUAGACAACAAGACGUACCGACCUUCUCUUUGGGAGAAGUCAAAGAAGUUUGCAGAGCAGGCGGCCGCCAUUGUUUGUCUGAGAGCUCUCGGGAUUCCAGAAGGCCGCAUCGGCGAGGGAAACGGUGGACUGGUGUGCAAGAGGAAGCGGGAGGCGAAGGUGCAUGGCAGCGAAGAGGACGAGCGGAGGAAGAAACAACAAGUGGAACAUGGAGGGAGCAAGGUGCUGGAGGCCAUGGGGGCAAAUGGUCAAGUUUGUGAAGACAUUACUGACAGAAGAAGGAGCAAAUGAACUUUUGUUUUGAAAAACGUAUCGUUUACUUUCAGCAUGGUGAACACUUACUGCUGAGAUGUGGCUUUGUGGCCAACAGGGGGCAGGAUUUCACUGUCAGGACGAUUUACUUAUUUAAGACAUUUGACAUGAUGGUGCCUAAUGGAGUCACUUCCGUUCUGUUCUCAUUCAACAGUCAUUUGUUUCGUGCAUGCAUCCGUUUGUCAGAGCAGUGACUUGUUAACAAGAGGAGACCGAAACCAAAUCAUGAAUGGAUUUUAUUUUUCCCAAAAUUAUUUUCAGGGUGCAUGUUCAUACUUUUAAUUCCUCUGAUUGUGUUUUUGGUUUGUAGUUUGAAAUGCAGGCCUUGCUCUUUAUUUUUUAUUUCAAUGCAGCGAUUAACACAAGUGGCUGAUAUGUACAAUAAAUGAUGGCCCACUAUCUCCACAGACAUGAAAGCUUAAUCACUAAAUCAAGCAACUUGUCUUCAUGCCAACAUGCACUAAGGACUUUCAUAUUUUUGCUUGUACUGAGUGUAAAUGUACGUGCUUAACACACAAACCAAUUCGUUAAAGUUAGGCUAUGAUG